AUGGAGACGCCCCUGGAGAAAGCCUUGGCCACGCUGGUGUGCACGUUCCACAAAUACUCGGGGAGAGAGGGGGACAGGUUCACGCUCAGCAAGGCGGAGCUGAAAGAGCUGGUCCGGAAGGAGCUUGUGCUGGGAGAGAAAAUAAAGGACAGCGGAAUCGACAAGCUGAUGGAGACCUUGGACAAGAACAAUGACAAGGAAAUUGAUUUCAAGGAGUACACAGGCUUCCUCUCUUCCCUUUGCAUGACCUACAAUGAUUUCUUCAAGCAGGAUGUUCAAUAGGGUUGGCGGGAGGCCU